AUGACACGCCCACCCGCACCAUGGAUGCAAUCAUGUGUGAUACAAGAGCUAAAGAUUAAGCGGGAUACGUUGAGAGCUGAGGCACACGCCACUAACACUGCUAAAUCCUGGAAUGCAUUCAGGCAAGUGCGUAAUCGUAUCAAAUCAGAUAUUGGCAAGGCAAAGCGGCGUUUUGUCACAAAGUCCCUCUUGUCUAAACGUCCCAAGGAGGUGUGGAGGGUAAUUCAUCGCAUACUCAACCCCAGUCACAAAACGAUUCAGGCAGACCCUGGUAAACUCAAUCAAUUCUUCAUAACAACCAGUCAUAGAACAUUGGGCAGUAAAUCAGAUGCUGAUGCUGUAGGUAAUUUUACUAGACAUGUUCAGUCACUCCAGGAACACACAACUCAAGGGCAUACUUUCAAUUUACAACAAGUCACGGUAAGGGAAGUUGAGCGAGAAGUAGAUCGGCUCCGUAAUGACACUUCAACUGGUGUAGACCGGAUUCCAGCAAAGUUUCUGAAGUUAGAGAAACAAGACAUAGCAGGACCUCUAACGCAUAUAAUUAACACUUGUAUCAGAAACUCUUUCUUUCCUGAGACCUGGGAGACUCCUCGCGUGUCUCCAAUCCCAAAAGUAAACCAAUCAUCUUGUGACUCGGACUUUCGACCGAUCUCAAUUCUACCUGCAAUGUCUACAGUAUUUGAACGCCUGGUCCUAAAUCAGCUUGUUAAGUACAUCGAUGAUCAGGCUCUUUUAUGUUCGACUAUAUCAAGAUUUCGAAAGGGACAUUCGAAUUCAACGAUAACUGUCUUGCUUGGCAUCCGCGAUGCCCUAAUUCAAGCAUCAAAGAAGGGCGAAGUGACCUUGAUGGUGUGCGCAGACUAUGCCAAGGCCUUUGAUACUGUUGAGUUUAAAACUGUUUUAAUGAAGAUGCACAACUUGGGUUUUUCGAAGGACUUUCUUCUCUGGAUGAUAAACUAUCUAUCUAACAGGAAACAAUUUGUCCAAAUUGAUGACAAACAGUCUAGUCUAGCCACAGUUCAGUUCGGUGUUCCACAGGGGUCCAUUCUAGGACCAGUAAUCUUCAAUCUCUACGUGGCUGAUCUGCAGGAUAAACUCCAAUGUCUCCGUUUUCAAUACGCUGAUGACACAACUUUUCUCAUCGACAGUAAACCAUCAGAUCUACAUUUGUGCGCAAAUGAGGUCAAUGGUGCCAUUUCCAGACUACGUGAAUACUCUGAGGGAUGCAAUCUUGCACUAAAUUUAUCAAAGACAAAAUGGAUGCUUAUUUCCACCCUUCAGAUGUCACGUAUACAUAAACUGGAUGAACGAUUACUGGCCAUUAUGUGUGAUGACACCCCACUAGAGAGAAUCUCUUGUACCGAGUUGCUUGGUGUGUAUAUUGACCAACAUCUCGCGUGGGGUGAUCAAGUUAAUAACUUGUUGUCCAGUUGCUAUGGGAUACUGAAAGUGCUACGACGACUUAAGAGGCUGUCUCUCUAA